UCACAGUUUCAAGCCGCGGGGAGAGCUAAACGUUGGCUUUCGGGUCACACCUGACCCCGGGGCGUCCCGCCUGCCUGCCGGCUGCGGCCCGGAUCCCUCCGGCGCCGGCGACGCCUCGGGGCUCGACUGGCCACGCCUGGAGCGCGGCGUUUGACUGGGCCGCCGUUGUUGUAGUGACCGGGAGGCGCCGCCGCUCUGGGCAGACGGUUCCGGGCGUCGCACGGUCCCCCCCCCCACCCCCCCCCGUCCUCUCCCUUCCCCCGGUUCCCCCCGCCGGCUGGAGCCCGGCGCCAACCGCGCCUCCCAUGGCCUCCGCCCUGGAGGACCCCGCUCUGGAGCGAUAUUUUAAGGGCCACAAAGCUGCGAUCACCUCCGUGGACUUUAGUCCCAACGGCAAACAACUUGCUACUGCUUCUUGGGACACGUUUCUCAUGCUGUGGAACUGCAAGCCACAAGCCAGGGCUUUCAGAUAUGUGGGUCACAAGGAUGUUGUAACCAGCGUGCAGUUUUCCCCACUUGGAAACUUGUUGGCAUCUGCUUCACGGGACAGAACUGUUAGACUCUGGAUUCCUGAUAAGAGAGGGAAAUCCUCUGAAUUUAAAGCUCAUACAGCUCCAGUUCGAAGUGUAGACUUUUCAGCUGAUGGCCAGUUUCUAGCUACAGCCUCUGAAGACAAAUCCAUCAAAGUCUGGAACAUGUAUCGCCAGCGUUUCUUAUACUCCUUGUACCGACAUACACACUGGGUACGCUGUGCCAAAUUUUCACCUGAUGGAAGGCUAAUUGUGUCAUGUAGUGAAGAUAAAACUAUUAAAAUUUGGGAUACCACCAAUAAGCAGUGUGUUAAUAACUUCUCAGAUUCCGUAGGGUUUGCAAAUUUUGUGGAUUUUAACCCUAAUGGUACAUGCAUAGCAUCGGCAGGUUCUGAUCACACCGUGAAAAUCUGGGAUGUAAGAGUAAACAAGUUGCUUCAGCAUUAUCAAGUUCACAGUGGUGGAGUUAAUUGUGUAUCCUUCCAUCCUUCGGGCAACUACCUCCUCACUGCUUCUUCAGAUGGCACACUUAAGAUUCUGGAUCUCUUAGAAGGAAGGCUCAUAUAUACACUUCAAGGACAUACGGGACCUGUCUUUACCGUUUCAUUUUCAAAAGGUGGAGAGCUGUUUAGCUCAGGAGGUGCAGAUGCGCAGGUCUUAUUAUGGAGGACUAAUUUUGAUGACUUGAAUUGUAAAGACAUGAUUAAAAGAAAUCUCAAAAGGUUACAUUUUGAUGCAUCACCACAUCUUGUCGAUAUAUACCCGAGGACACCACAUCCCCAUGAAGGGAAAAUUGAGACUGUUGAAAUUAAUCCAAAGCUUGAGGUAAUUGAUUUGCAGACUUCUUCUCCCCCUGUUGUGGACGUCCUUUCUUUUGAUUCUACCACAACAAAUACCACCACUGUUAGAAGCUUAGCAGACAAGAGCGAAGAGAUCAGCGGAUAUUUCUUGAACCCUUCUUUAUUGCCAUCGGAAUGUUCACCAACAUCCUUGAAAACGAGGACAGAAGACAUGAGUGACCUCCCUUCUGAGAGCCAAAGAAGCAUACCACUCGCUGUGACUGACGCUUUAGAGCAUAUUAUGGAACAACUCAAUGUUCUGACCCAGACUGUUUCAAUCUUGGAGCAGAGACUGACCUUGACAGAGGAUAAGCUGAAAGACUGCCUUGAAAAUCAGCAAAGGCUUUUCAAUGUUAUCCAGCAGAAAAGUUAAAUAGAAAAAUAUGAGCAGAGGCUUGAUAAAUGGCCACGUGUACAUGUGCUCAGGAGGGUAGUACAAGAUGCUUCACACAACACACUCAUGUACUCACUAUCAUGGCAUGUCUUCAAAGGGUGAACAACAGAACAAAAGGCAGAAAAGGCAUAAUGACUAAUUUAAACACACAAAUCAAUGUCAAGGACUAAUUCAAAUCAUUACCAUUUAUGAUUGCAGUAAUAAAGUGGUAAGUAUUCAAGUGGCUCUGUAUUUUCCCCCAUAUUAUUGUAAAUGCCGGUUUUCGUUUAUAGUCCAAAUCCUGCCAGGAGAGUAACCACAUCGAAUUUCAUUGUUAAAUCAUUUCAACUGAUCACACUCAGGUGAUUCCUUAAAGCAAUGGAUGUGUUUCCUUCGUGAACAACACCCUUGGGGUGAAGUAAUGCAGUUACCUCUAAAACUGCAUCCUGUAUGCGGAGAAUGAAUUAGUGGUCUGACUCCUGUUUCUGUCAGCUCAAAAAAAAAAAAAAUUUUUUUUAUUCUUUCUUAACAAUGUCCUGAAAUGAUGAUCUUAUAAAAUUCCCAAAGCACAGAAUUUCCACAGCAAGAAUACACUUAUAUACAUGACACAGGGCAGUGGGUUUUUACUUCAUUUAUGGUGAACAUGGCUUAUCCUUUGCCCAGCCUGAAAGAAAAUGAAGAACUAGAAACGCAUGAAGCGCACGUCUUUGCUCUCGUUGAUGGGCGCACGGAAGGAUUUGGGUUGUGUCCAGACCUAUGACCCCAGGGUACAAAGAUGGCGCCAGUGGGGUUUCAGUAUGCUCUGAUGCUUGAAUGACGCAACAGUGACAUUUACAAAUACACACACACAUGUAUGUCCACAUGCUUCAGAAAAGUUGUCGCUUAGGGUGAUUUGGGUGGCUGAGUAAUAAGUAUGUAUAAUAUUCACAUCAUUGUCUUCCUAUUUUUUUUUUAACGAAUGUGAUUUAAAACGAAAUAAAAAUGAGCCUGGCAUUCCAAAAAAUGCUCAGGGUGAUUUGGUUACAAAUUAGAAUUUUGUUUUAUCUAAAAAAAAAUGAGAUUAAAUUGAAGAAAAACAAAUUAAUUUUUGCUUGCUUUUCUGUUAACCUAAAUCAAGAGGUGGGUGAGGGCAGUCUGUAUUUACGCUGUCUGUAGGUAACAUGGGGAAAAUGCUAUCUAUGUUUUGAAAAAGAAGAAAAAGUCAAGUCCUAUUUAUGUAGGAGUCUGUGUUUAUAAAUUUUUCCCAAGCAAUUUCAAUCAUAUCUAUAAGGUGGUUUUUUUUAAAAAUCACCUCAUUGUGUGUUUUAAGUGCCUUUUUAUAUUAUACUAAGUGUGAACUUGUAGACAUUUUCAAAAGUUUUGUAAAGACUAAGUGGCAUUGUAUUUUUAUAACCUCAUUCAAAAGACUAAGAUAUGAAAUGUCAUACUGAUUUUUGUUUACCAUCUCUUAAGCUUCAAACAAUAAAAACAUUUUACCUUUAAAAAAGU